GACAGGUGCCAUUUGGGAAUUGGGACAGAACAAGCCUGUGUGUGUUUCCAUCUGAGUGCAUCGCUCUUACCCUUUCAGUAGCCUGCUAGUGUGUGUGCGUGUCUCAGUCUGUGUUGUCACUGUCCUCCAACCUACUCCCAGCUCAGCAUGGCCAGAUUUACACAGAGUGAAAGCAGAAGGCAUCAGCAGCAGCACCAUCCCCAGCCGCCUCAUCCCGCCCCCGUCAACCUGCUUCUACAGCAGCCGCUCUUACUUAUCCCCCAUCAGCAUCAGCUCGAUCACAGCCCUGUUCCGAAGCCCAUGAACGGACCCGAAACCGUCUCCAUGCACACGGACAGCGGCGCCAUGAAAGACCAGGACGCCAUCAAGCUCUUCAUUGGACAGAUACCGCGGAACCUUGAGGAAAAAGACCUGAAACCUCUCUUUGAGCAAUUUGGGAAAAUCCACGAAUUGUCUGUUCUGAAGGACCGAUACACAGGCAUGCAUAAAGGAUGUGCGUUUCUCACCUACUGUGCCAGGGAGUCUGCCAUCAAAGCCCAGAAUGCAUUGCAUGAGCAGAAAACCCUACCUGGGAUGACUCGUCCCAUCCAAGUGAAACCAGCUGACAGUGAGUGUCGUGGAGAGGACAGGAAGCUGUUUGUGGGGAUGCUGAAUAAGCAGCAGACUGAGGAGGACGUGUAUCGCCUCUUUGAGCCCUACGGUGCCAUCGAGGAGUGCACCGUGCUAAGAGGUCCUGACGGAAACAGCAAAGGUUGUGCGUUUGUGAAGUUCUCUACUCACUCUGAAGCUCAGUCUGCCAUCAGCUCCCUGCAUGGGAGUCAGACGAUGCCUGGAGCGUCAUCCAGCCUGGUGGUGAAGUUUGCAGACACAGACAAGGAGAGAACCCUACGGCGCAUGCAGCAGAUGGCUGGACAGUUUGGCAUGUUUAACCCCUCUGUCUCUCUACCCACGUUCACUAGCUACAGCAGCUACACACAUGCCUUGAUGCAGCAGCAGCAGGCUGCGGUGAUGGCCGUGUCUCAGGGGGGCUACCUGGCCCCCAGCCUCUCCUUCCCCUCCGCCCAGCUCCACCAGGUGGGGGCGCUAACCAUGAAUGGCCUGCCGCCCAACACCCUCAACUCCAUGUCAGUGAGUUUGUAUUCCCCCACUGCAGGUCUGAGCUCCCCUCCGUCCACCAUGCCCUCCUCCCUGCCCAGUCUGGUGACCCCCAUGAUGAACGGGUAUACGGGCCUCGCCCCCCAGGCUAACAUGCACCCUCUGGAGACCCUCUACACCAACGGCCUGCCCCCCUACUCCACCCAGAGCCCCACUGCUGCAGACACACUGCAACAAACCUUUACUGGGGUGCAGCAAUACACAGCCAUCUACCCAGCGACUACACUGACGCCUGUGGGUCAGUCUCUGGCACAGCACCCUCAGGUCAUUGGCCAACAACAGAGGGAAGGUGAGGGACCAGAGGGAUGUAACCUGUUCAUCUACCACCUGCCCCAGGAGUUUGGGGAUAACGAGCUGAUGCAGAUGUUCCUGCCUUUCGGCAAUGUCAUCUCCUCCAAGGUAUUCAUGGACAGAGCCACCAAUCAGAGCAAGUGUUUUGGCUUUGUGAGCUUUGAUAACCCGGGCAGUGCCCAGGCUGCCAUCCAGGCCAUGAAUGGUUUCCAGAUCGGCAUGAAGAGACUAAAGGUGCAGCUGAAACGUCCCAAAGACGCCUGCCGUCCCUACUGACACCCCCCAGCAAAGGUUUAAACAGAAGUAUGGAGGACGUCUUUGAUGGAAUAAGACAUUUCAUGAAGGAACAAACUCAAAAGUAAUUCUGUUUUUAAAACAAUGGAAAAUAGACUUCAUAUGGGAGUUGAGAAGAGAUUUUCAUCUUCAAACAUAUCUGACUGGGAGAGGACAGGACUCGCAGCUCUGCAACAGUGAACCUUUGGUAUUACAGACAGAGAGCAAUGGGAUAGAAGAAGACUUUCAAAACAAAUGUUUUUGUUGAUACAAACAGAAACAACUUUGAACAAUUCAGCAUCUUUGGAGACUUGGUAGUGAAGAAGAACACCACAAGCAGACUAACAAGCAAUGCUAGAAAGGAUAUGGAUUUCUGAUAGACUCAAAAAGCAUAGUAAACAGGAGACGUCGGGUUUUUCCUACCAUGUAAUGAACGAAUAAGGGUUCAAACUUGAUCUGAGGAUGCCCAGUAUAUCUGGGAAGAGAUUAUUUACAUUUGUCUUUCUUUCUCUCUCUCUCGUUCUCUCUCUCCUCUUUAUUCUUUCUCUGUGAGUCCCAAGCUUGCAAAUUUCUCAAGUUUCCAUAGCAACCAAGCGAACUGCACCCCCUUGGGAUCGGAGGACCAAAUGUUUUUCUCUUUCUCUUUAAUAGUCAUGUACAAAAUACUAACAAUCAUAAUACAAUAACAGUAUACUGCUUAGUUUAGUGCAAACUAACAUUCAAAAAUAAUUUAAAUGCAGUAUUCUACUGUAGUUGAAUAAAUAACAGUGACAGAAAGGUUCUUUAGGUCAGCAUUGGAUAAUUCACCAUCAGUGUACAGCUGACUACUAAGCAGUAUGUAAAUGUGAACUUGGAUCAUGUAGCAGUCAGUUGGAGAGGUUAGUGAGGGAGAAUGUUGCCGCAAGCUCUUUCUGAGGGCUGGAAUAGAUAAUGGAGCAGUUGUUUUGUUGAAAACCACCUCUUAUCAUCUGUUUACUGGUACACUUCAUCUUUGGGCACUCAGUUUGAUCCUUGAACUAUUUGAGUUCUGUCUCCCUCUGUGCAGCAACCACUCUGUUCUAUUCAAAGAUGCCCAUAGGUACAGAUCUAGGAUCAGCUCACUUUACCUGAAUAUUAACCUUUAAGCUGGAAUCCAUUGUGGUGAAACUGCCCUCGUCCGUUUGCAAUAUUACAACAACAAACACAUUACUUCAAACAAUGAAGUAACGUGUUUUUCCCCUCUGACAUCAUUACAUGCACUAUUCUGCCUAUGGAGCAAAGGCCAUGGGAUCACAUUUAGCUUCAGAAGCUAACUGCAGGUCUCGGGUCAGGGGUUAAAAAAAUGAUGUCAGGAGUGCCACAUGGAGUAGAAUGACUAAUACUAUACUGUCAUGUAUAGUGUAAUGUUAUUGGAGUAUAUCUAAUACAUAAAGUAUAAAUCCAUAGAAACUGUUCAUAGGAACUGAUCUUAGGUCAGCUUUCUGGUUUAGGUGCUUAAUGGUUUAAGUUAGGAUUUGGGGAGGGACAGCAGAUCCAAGAUCUGUGUCCACUUUGUUUAGCCAGUAGACUUCAUGCAUCGGGUUCUUCCUGGUCAGGUCACAUUCUCAUGAAAAACUCCUCCCCCUUACAGUAGCACAGAAACACUAGUAUGGCACAAGUUACAAGUUGUUUAUUGCACAAGCUAUUUUAUCAUUGUAUAACAGGGGUGUCAAACUCAUUUUGCGAUGGGGCCACAUUCAGUCUUCAAUGAGAUCCGGAGGGCCGCAGUGAAAAUUGCUUAUAUUUCACCGGCGUCUAAAUGUUCAAUAAAUUGGCCUCUAUCCAUCGUUUGUUGAAUUUGCGUUGCUCCCUGACUGUCUAGCAGUCAUUUGGGUGAUUAUUAGCUCGCUGGACAAAGUAUAUUGAGUUUGUUUUCCUACACACAAAAAAAACAAAAACAAUAUUAUUUUUGACUCAAACCACCCACAAGCCAGAUUGGACCCCCUCGUGGGCCAGAUCCGCCCGCAGGCCGUAUGUUUGACAUCCCUGGACUACACAAACUCGGGAAAAGCAGGUCUGGUUAAAUCCGGACAGUAAACUGUCAGGGAAGGUGUCAUCAACAGCAGCACAGAGUGAUGCAGAGUUAGAGUAGAAAGCUGUUCGAUCCAAUUGAGUCUGACACCGUCCGACAACCAUUACAGUUUAGCAGGUGUCUGCUUGCAUUUGGGUGAAACGUUUAUUUAGUUUGGAGAGACAGAGAGCGCAGACACUACUUUAUUGGGAGAAAACAUGAAAUUGGCUUUUAAAGGGCUAUAGAAGGUCCAAUUGUGAGAACUAGUCAUUCAUUGUGCUGUGUAGGACAGGUUGGGAACAUUGUCAUAGUACCUCCCUCAGGGAACACUAGAAACCAACAGAGGAACAUAAAAAAACACUCUAGAAUGCACCGGUGACAAUUCCAAGAGACACUAAAAUGCACCAGUGACGAUUCCAAGAGACACUAAAAUGCACCAGUGACGAUUCCAAGAGACACUAAAAUGCACCAGUGACGAUUCCAAGAGACACUAAAAUGCACCAGUGACGAUUCCAAGAGACACUAAAAUGCACCAGUGACGAUUCCAAGAGACACUAAAAUGCACCAGUGACGAUUCCAAGAGACACUAAAAUGCACCAGUGACGAUUCCAAGAGACACUAAAAUGCACCAGUGACGAUUCCAAGAGACACUAAAAUGCACCAGUGACGAUUCCAAGAGACACUAAAAUGCAC